GUGGAUCUCAUGAAGAACAUCAGUAACAUCCCUCAGCCUUUUCUCUACACGCGACAUGUUCACUUCCUCAACUUCACCAGGUUCAGGAUAGAGCAGCCCGUCUACAUCAACAUAAUCCGGGAUCCCAUCAACCGGUUCCUCUCCAACUAUUUCUUCCGUCGCUUCGGUGACUGGAGGGGUGAGCAGAACCACCUCAUCCGGACUCCGGGGAUGAAAGAUGACGAGAGAUACCUGGAUAUCAACGUGUGCAUUCUAGAGAAUUACCCUGAGUGCUCCAACCCCAGAGUUUUCUACAUCAUCCCCUACUUCUGUGGACAGCAUCCUCAGUGCAGAGAGCCAGGAGUGUGGGCUUUGGAGAGGGCCAAGCAGAAUGUGCUGGAGAACUACCUCCUGGUGGGCAUCUUGGAGGAGCUGGAGGACGUUCUACUCCUGUUGGAGAGGCUCUUACCGCAUUACUUUACUGGAGUGCUCAACAUCUACAAGAGCCCUGACUACAGGAAAAUGGGGAACAUGACGGGCACAGUGCGCAAACACACCCCCACUCUGGAGGCCCUGCAGGUGCUGUACCACCGCAUGCGCUACGAGUACGAGUUCUACAACUUCAUCCGCGACCAGUUCCACCUCAUGAAGAAGAAAAUUGGCCUCAAGUCCGUGUCCCAGCCCCCGGCCUAUUCGCCGGCCUUCCUACGAGAACUGGCCCUCCGAACCCCGGAGCCUCUGGAUGAAGACGAGGACCUGGACACGGACCUGGAGGACGCCAACAGCUGGCUGGUCCAUCCCUAAAGGCCGUCUGGUGAACAGCGGAUGUGGCCGUACAGAUCCCAAAAAAUAAAUCAAUGAGAAGCUGUUUGGCUAGAAUUGGCUGAAGAUAGCUGGAGGCAGCCUGAGGGCAAAGAGGAGUGUUCCCCCGUCUUUCGGCAUUCCCAAGAGAAGUGAGGCGUGUUGAGGGGAUCCUGACGCUCGUGUUUUUGGCGGGUUCUGUUUCCCAUCUGCCAUUGACUCCUAUCAUGACAGGCUCAGCACUGAGGACUAUAGGGUUGAGUAAUUGGAAGGACAAAAUGCUCUAUUUAAAAAAAAAAAUCAAACAAGGACAAUGGGAAUUAUUAUUAAGCUCAAUCUGCUUGAGUCAAGUUUUUGCUUUAAUUUGAGCUUGUUUUAGGGUUCAUGUUACAAAAAAAACAAACAAAUAAUAUUGCUCUAAUCUCCAGGAGAGAUUAGUGCAAGACGUGGACAGAUUGAUGUGUGGGGAAAUGUACUACAUGUUGGUUUGCUGGUGUGUUUACUGUAGGAGACAUCUUCAGAGACAUUGCCCAAGAGAGAGUUUCACGCUUUAUGAAAGGGUUAAUGUCCCAAAAAAGCUGGAUUGGGACACGGUGUUCAUGAAUUUUCUAAAAGGUGCCAUAAGUUUGUAUAUUAGUCGUCCAGGACUGUUGUAAGUGCCAAACCUCAUUAAGAGUUCCAGUAACUGUGUGACGGGGACUUCUGUGCACAGUUGGUGGAGGUGUGACAUAGUCAAGUUAGAGUAUUGGUUUAUAACAUUUUGUUUAAUUUGUAAACUGUCGUUAGGUAUAAAUGAGGGUUAUACUGUAAGCACUCAAUUAUGAAUUCAAAGAAUUCCAACUAUGUGUGCAUGAAUGAUUGAGUUUGACCAAAACCAGUAGUGUAUCUUAGCAUAGAUUUAGUAUUUGGGGCAGGUCAUUUUGUUAUUUAAAAAUUUUAAAAAAGAAAAAAAAAAAAAAAGUAUAGCCUGGGUCAAACGCUAAAAGCAUUUAUGGAGCCGAAUUUGUAAUCCAAAGUUGAAAAGAUUGAGCUUGCCAAAUAUCAGUGUUUCUACUGCGUCGCGUUACAAAACUGUAUGAAGACACUGCACUUUUUUUUGUGAAGUGACACUUCCUGAACUUCUGCAGCAAAAUGAGGGAUUUGGUCACAACUGGAUUCUGACUUCCGCCGGGCUUCCGUACUGUCCAAGGCUUUUCCUGUCCAACUGAGUGUGAAGUUUUGCCAAUCCCAGCUAAUGUCUUAAUUUCUCCAGCAGCUACUCGGAGUGCGUAUUAUUUUUUUUUAAUUAAAAAAAAAAAAGAAAAAUCAUCCAGAGAAUCGUAACCAUAAGCUAAUAUGUGAUUGUCAUCUACAUAUUUCACUCUACCAUCCUAAUCUUCAUUGUCUGUUCCUUGUUACGGUUUGUGUUCAGUGUUCCCUCUGUCUUUUUCUUUCCUUUUUUUUUUUGCCAGUUUAAUUUAUUAUUUUGUAUUCAUUUGCAUUCCAGAUAAAAAUUCUCAGGAAGGAAAACAUUGUUUAAUAACUUGAUUUAUUUGUACCAUUGGUUUCUGGUGGCUAUGAGACGAUUCUUGGCAUUUUUAAGGGUGUCUGGAAUGGGUUUAUAUCAGCAGCUGAAAACUGGUAACUACGACUAAUGCAGCCCGUCAUUUUACAGUCUUCAAAAAAUAAAUGUCCUCUAACUAUUGCA